AUGUCUUCGGAGCAAUUACUUUAUCAGCUUACAGAUGUGGUCCCAAUAACUUUAACUUCACAGGGUAUUGUUAUCAGAAGCCAACUUCAGGACCCUGAUUCCUCCAUACUGCUGCUGUUUACACAUAGAUCACGAGAUACUGCAACUUAUUACGAACAUGAUAGCAACAACUGUAACAACUCAUUGUUUAGUGACAACUUAGCUGCGUGUUUUGCUUGCUUGGAAACAAAAGAAGAGGGUCCAAAAGUGCCAAGAUUCAUAUCUUACAAAAAUAUACUUUAUGUGGAACCAAGGACUUUGGAAUGGGACUCGAAUGAACUCAAAUUAACCUAUGUUGUGCCCAAUCACCAAAACUACCAGCUUCUGGCUACUAAAGUGUCUAUAAACACGUUGAAUAUCCAAGUGCAAAAUUGCAAUCCUGAUUUACAACAACAACAACAAAGCGCCAAAGAGAGGGUAACUUCGAUAAUUCGCUACAUUCUAAACAAAUCCUACCGUCAUAGAGUCAUGCAACAGCCAUCUAUACUUGUGCUUAUAAAUCCUCACGGUGGACAGGGGAAAGCAGUGAAAAUCUACAAUGAACACAUAAAGCCAAUAUUGCAGGCUGCUCAUUGCAAAAUAACAUACCAAAAUACCGAAUAUUCCGGUCACGCUUAUGAAAUAGCUCGAGAUUUGGAUAUUGACCAAUAUGAUAUAAUAGUGUGCUGUUCAGGUGAUGGUAUACCUCACGAAGUCAUAAAUGGAUUUUACCAACGACCAGAUUCUGGUGUUGAGGCGUUCAAUAAUGUGAUUAUAACUCAAUUACCCUGUGGGUCGGGAAAUGCUUUAACUUUGAGCACGUUAGGAGGAUCAAACCAUCCUGAAGUUGCCACUUGGUUAAUGCUCAAGUCUGAGCCCUGCAAAAUGGAUUUAAUGGCAGUAACUCAAGGCACAGGCGAGAAUAUGAGUACAAAAUUAUCAUUUCUAAGUCAAUGUUACGGAAUAAUAGCAGAUUCAGAUAUAGGCACCGAACAUUUGAGAUGGUUGGGUCCAGUUCGGUUUGAAAUAGGCGUGCUUCAAAAAGUAAUUCUGGGCGCAACGUACCCAUGUGACUUAUAUGUUAAUUAUUAUACUUAUGAUAAGUAUGAAAUAAAACAACAUGUGAGCCAAUAUGUAUCAUCAUUGGAAAGAAGAGGAAUUACAAGCGGUAGUGAUAGUAGUAAUAGUAAUGGUGGUGGUAAUAAUAAUGAUGAUUUAUUAUAUCAAGUGACUUUAAAAGACUUGAAAAUUAAUCUGCCAAAUUUAGAUCAACCUGUACCUUCAACAUGGGAAAUGUUACCUUCCAAAAUUACCGAGAAUUUAAAUAUUCUUUAUGUAGGUAAAAUGCCCUACGUUUCCAAAAAUGCCCAAUUUUUUCCUGCUGCAUUGCCGAAUGAUGGAUAUAUGGAUAUGAUCAUAACCGAUUCUCAUCGUACUUCAAUGGUGAAUUUAAGUUCAAUCUUGCUCAAUGUCGAACUGGGAACUCAUAUAAAUGAUGAUAAGGUAGUGCAUGCCAAAGUAAAUGCAUAUAGAUUAGUGCCUCGAAUGUCAGCCAAGAACCACUAUAUAAGCAUUGAUGGUGAAAGCUUCCCUUUUGAAAAGUUUCAAGUUGAAGUCUUGCCCAAAAUCAUGACUGGGUUAUUAUUAAAUGGUAAGUUUACCGAAAGUGCAUUGACCAAAUAG